AUGUCCACCUUCCACCCCUUCCCUCGUCUACCAACUGAGCUUCGCCUUCGUAUCUGGAGCUUGACAGCGUUCCCUCGUAUGAUACAUGUGAAGCGACAGUGUGUAGGUGCAUACGUGGAGUUUGGUCUGCAGUAUAUGGCUACAUCGACGCCUUACCCUGCGGUGGUGCAGGUCUGCCAGGAGUCUCGACAACACGCGCCAUACCAGCGAGCCUUUACAACCGGUGCCAAUCCGCGGUAUAUCUGGGUCAACUUUGAAUCUGACCUGAUUUGCAAUGACGACAGCCGCGACCCGUUGAAUCUCGAGCCACACGAACAAGAUAUACAACGACUCAGGUUCUCCAUUAAUGACGAGUUGGCUUACGACUACAUCACCAAUUACGGCAACCAAGGGUUUAAAAAGAUCACCAAUAUCAAAGAGAUCUACAUCGCAGUAGAUAGAGAAAUCGCGGGCUUUAGUAUUGAGUUUCUGGCAGCCACUGUGAACAAACAUGAAUGCUUCAAUGGAAAUGACGACAAGGUCAAAUUCCUCGACGUCGGGUCAGGUUAUAUGAUGGAUGCCAAUCAGCUCCGCAUAUUCAGUGAUUGGAAGAAUUAUUAUUCUUUUGAUACUCAUGGAAGAGCAAAUGUAGACACCUUUGAAGGGGCCGUGCGGUUCCUGCGAUUACUUGGUACUAUUCUCACAUUGUCGGAGUUGCAUGCUCUUGAUGAUGAAGAUACCAAGUUUAAAAAAGACCAAAAACUUCUAAAGCGCAAGUAUAGGAGAGAAGUCGAGUAA